AUGGCGCGUCCCAGCUUGGAUCUUGGCCUGAGCCUUGGCUUGGGACUCGUCCCCCAGCCCCAGCCGAGUUUCUGGUACUCCGGCGGCAAUGUGGCGCCGGAAGUCCAAGAAGUAGGUCCUCCGCCCGCGGCGUCGACGGAGGAGUAUGGGACCUGCUCGGCAGGCAGCCCGGUAUCAAGCGGCAGUGGCAGCGGGAUGAAGCGCGGCGCCGAAAGGUCGGCCGGCAGCGGCGACGAGGAUCAGGAAGACGACGGCGGAAACGCGCGCAAGAAGCUCCGGCUCUCCAAGGACCAGGCCGCCGUCCUCGAGGAGUGCUUCAAGACGCACCACACGCUCACUCCGAAGCAGAAGCUGGCACUGGCCAACAGCCUCGGGCUGCGGCCGCGACAGGUAGAGGUGUGGUUCCAGAACCGCCGCGCCAGGACCAAGCUCAAGCAGACGGAGGUAGACUGUGAGUACAUGAAGCGCUGGUGCGAGCAGCUCGCCGAGCAGAACCGUCGCCUCGAGAAGGAGGUUGCCGAGCUCAGGGCGCUGAAGGCGGCGCCGGCACCGGUGCCGGCGCACGGAGGCGCGGCCGGGCCCCUGACAACGCUGACAAUGUGCCUCUCCUGCAAGCGCGUCGCGUCGACGUCCUCAUCGGCAUAUGCCGCGCCCACCGCGUCAAACCUUUACACCGCUGUCGGCGCCAGCAAUGCCGGGAUCGGCAUGGCACCUCCAGUGGCACUGCCCGGUCAUCGGCAACUCUUCUGUGGGUUCGGAGAAACCGGAGCCACGUACGGAGGCUCGUCCGGGCAUGGGAAGGCGGUCAAGGCGGCCAGAUAG